CGCUGAGGCCCCGCUCCGGAUGUUGCGUAUCGCGGACUGGGCGGCGGCGAUUGGCCGACCCGGCUGGGGGGGGCGGGGCGGAAGGUUCUGGAGGGGGCUGGCGGGCUCUGGAAGCUUCCGCCGGACGGGUAUAUAGAGUCCGGGACCGGGCGGCGGCGGAGCCGGGAUACGGCAACUGUAGGGCGGCGGGCCGCAGGCGGGGGCCAUGGGCAAAGACUACUACCAGACGCUGGGCCUGGCCCGCGGCGCGUCGGACGAGGAGAUCAAGCGGGCCUACCGUCGCCAGGCGCUGCGCUACCACCCGGACAAGAACAAGGAGCCCGGCGCCGAGGAGAAGUUCAAGGAGAUCGCCGAGGCCUACGACGUGCUCAGCGACCCGCGCAAGCGCGAGAUCUUCGACCGCUACGGGGAGGAAGGGCUAAAGGGCAGCGGCCCCAGUGGCGGUAGCGGUGGUGGUGCCAAUGGUACCUCUUUCAGCUACACAUUCCAUGGAGACCCUCAUGCCAUGUUCGCUGAAUUCUUCGGUGGUAGAAAUCCCUUUGACACCUUUUUUGGGCAGCGGAACGGCGAGGAAGGCAUGGACAUUGACGACCCAUUCUCUGGCUUCCCUAUGGGCAUGGGUGGCUUCACCAACAUGAACUUUGGCCGCUCCCGCCCUGCCCAAGAGCCCACGCGAAAGAAGCAAGAUCCCCCAGUCACCCACGACCUUCGGGUCUCCCUUGAAGAGAUCUACAGCGGCUGCACCAAGAAGAUGAAAAUCUCCCACAAGCGGCUAAACCCCGAUGGAAAGAGCAUUCGAAACGAAGACAAAAUCCUGACCAUCGAAGUGAAGAAGGGGUGGAAAGAAGGGACCAAAAUCACAUUCCCCAAGGAAGGAGACCAGACCUCCAACAACAUUCCAGCUGAUAUUGUCUUUGUUUUAAAGGACAAGCCACACAAUAUCUUUAAGAGAGAUGGCUCUGAUGUCAUUUAUCCUGCCAGGAUCAGCCUCCGGGAGGCUCUGUGUGGCUGCACAGUGAACGUCCCCACUCUGGACGGCAGGACCAUACCCGUCGUAUUCAAAGAUGUCAUCAGGCCUGGCAUGCGUCGAAAAGUUCCUGGAGAAGGCCUCCCCCUCCCCAAAACGCCCGAGAAACGUGGGGACCUCAUUAUUGAGUUUGAAGUGAUCUUCCCCGAAAGGAUUCCCCAGACAUCAAGAUCCGCACUUGAGAAGGUUCUUCCUAUAUAGCUACCUGAGCUCCCCAGACUGACUAGGGACCUUUCCAGAGCUCAAGGAUUUCUGGACCUUUCUACCAGUGUGGAACAUGAGAGGGCGGAGGGCCCAGGGAGGGUUUUCAUACUGCUGAAUGUCUUCCAGAGCAUAUAUUACAAUCUUUCAAAGUCGUACACUAGACUUAAGUGGUUUUUCGAGCGAUAGGGCAUCAGGUGGUGGGAACAGCAGGAAAAGGCAUUCCAGUCUCCCCCACUGGGUCCGGCAGUCCUCCCAGGAGGGGCCCACAUCCUCCUCCUCCUCCAGUCCCUGUCCAGGGUUGAGAGGCAGACCAGCAGCUGGACUUGAUGCCUGUGUCUCUUUGCUUCGGGCUGGUAGAUGGUGUCAAGCUGCUGCCAGACCUUGUACACUCCUCUGUCUCUGUUGUGUGAUCAGUUUGUGAUUUAUUCUGUAUUUGUCUCACAUGUCUUAUUCUUCCCCUGAAGAAUCCUGUCUUCUCUUUGGCCAUCUCAAAUUGAGAACCUCUAAACUAUUCCUGCAGAACUGCCUGGCUGGCGUCCCCAAGCAAUACCUCUUGUUCCAGUAGGACCAAGGGAGCCAGUCUCCAGCAAGUGACUCCAGUAAGUGCAGCCACCUCUCACUCGAGGGUCUGGGAGCCUAGCCCCAGCAAGGGACCCUCUGGACCUCUGGCUGUAGGGAAGCUGAAUGUGCUUACUAUGGGUCACAUUUUCCAUUUCUGUAAGGCAAUCUUGUCACACCUGGGCAUACCAGUGUCAGACCAUACCAGUGGUCUAGGUAAUUUUUUGUUUCAUGGACUCUGGACUCUUUCAAAGGGAUCUGAUCCUUUUGAAUUUUGCACAGCCCUAGAUAUAAUCCCUUUUGAUAAAAGGGUCUUUGCUUCUGAUUACAGGAGCACUGUGGAACGUCUGUAAAUAUGUUUUUAUAAUUAAUUCCGUGUAUAGUCGGUGUACACUCAAAUAAAACUAGUCCCCAGCAGCCACUGCUCUCUGUACAGGGCCAUAAUGGAAUUCUGAAGAAAUCUUGAGGAGGGAGGGGAGUUGGAACAAAUGUCAGUUCCCUCAACACCAGUUGGGUGCUCAGACCUUUCGACUCAUUGUAAGUUGCCACUGCCAACAUGAGACCAAAGUGUGUGACUUGUCAAUGCAGUGCGACAGCAUUAAAGACUGAUGCCAAACCUCA